AUGUAUAUCUCUACCAACUUAUUUCUAUUUCAGGAUCUCUACAAAUCUGGGUUUUUCUACAUUGAGGGCUGUUUUUACAAUGAUUUCCGUGACAGUGGUGCAAUUGAUUACAGCCAAGUGAUUCGUGACUGGGCCAAGGACCCGGCCCGGGAGAUAGGAGCCAUGCAGACAGCCUCAAUGGAGGACACAUCAUUCCUGGACCUGACCCUCAGACUUGGUCAACCCUACGUUUACAUGCACCAGGGAGACUGUGAACACCUUAUUGUCUUCUCGGAUAUCAGGAUAUUGAGUCCUCAGGAUACACAAGAUAUCAGAGAGUACCCUCUUGUAACACACAAACGUCUGAAGAACCAGACCAAAUGUAGAGUCUGCCAAAUGCAUGCUUCCAGGUGGAUGGCGUACAACAGUGAGCAUGCUCCUGAGGAUCCCAGCUUUUUCUGUGAACAGUGUUUCCGAUCUCUCCAUUAUGACCAGCAUGGAAACAAGAUUGGAAAUUUCCAGGCGUUUCGAUUCUUUGACAGUAAUUCCGUUAUAUAGUACUCACAGGAACAAUAAGGCUUUCACCUAAUCUUUGAUAGUAAUAAAGAUAUUUGUGAAUAGUGAUGCCUCUCUCAAUGCCCAAGGAAACAUGCAGUCAUCCUGAUAACUUACCCAAUACUUCAGUAAUCAGUGUGUGUAUAGUUCCAGACUCAAGGAAAACCUCCAGUCAUGCAGAGGCCAGCUUACUGCUUCACAGAUACCUACCUCAAAGGGACAGCCAGAAACAGCAUUCUAAAGAAAUAUAGUUUAUUCAGGAUGAGCGUUUAGCAUUCAGAUACUGAUACAAGUUAUGUUUUAUUUCAGUAAUGUAACAACUUACUCUUUAUACAAAAACAUUAAGGAUGCAAUGAAGAAUGUAAUUAAUAUAAACUGAAAGAACUAUACAGAUCCUCAUCAAUUUUGAAUUGUUAGCCUAGAUUUUUUAAAUGUCAAUGAAGAUUAUUGUGAAAGAAGUUUGAUGAAUUUUAACUCUUUCUACCAUACCACAAAGUGUUCAUAAAAAAA